UUCUUGAUUUUCAAAUGACUCAUAUGUGAGAUGAAGGAGAAAAAGCAAACACCCAUUUUGUCACUCAUCUUGUUACUCUCUUUCUUGUGUUCACUCUUUACUGCUCAACAAACAAAUGCUGAGUUUACAAUCUCUGAAUCUGGUCCUUUAACUGACUUCGAAGCUCAGUACAUCAAACACCGUCAAUUGUUGUACUACAGAGAUGAAUUUGGUGACAGAGGAGAAAAUGUAGAGAUAGAUCCAUCUUUAGUAUUUGAAAAUGAUAGGAUCAAGAAUGCUUACAUUGCUUUACAAGCAUGGAAACAAGCUAUCAUUUCAGAUCCCUUUAAUAUUACUGCCAAUUGGGUUGGUCCUAAUGUAUGUAGCUACACUGGUGUCUUCUGUGCACCUGCUUUGGAUAACCCAAAGAUACGUACAGUUGCUGGAAUUGACCUCAACCAUGGUGACAUUGCUGGGUAUUUGCCUGAAGAGCUUGGACUUGUGUCUGAUCUUGGAAUAUUUCACAUAAAUUCAAACCGUUUUUGUGGUACGAUACCUAAGAAGUUGAAGAACUUGAAGAUACUGUUCGAGUUAGAUCUGAGUAAUAAUCGGUUUGCUGGGAAGUUUCCUUAUGUUGUGUUGAGUUUGCCUAAGUUGAUUUUCUUGGAUAUUAGGUUCAAUGAGUUUGAAGGUAAUGUACCUUCUGAGCUGUUUGAUAAACCAUUGGAUGCUAUUUUUAUAAACCAUAAUCGGUUUGCAUUUGAGUUGCCUGAUAAUUUUGGGAAUUCGCCGGUUUCUGUUAUAGUAGUUGCAAGUAACAGAUUUCAUGGAUGUCUACCUGCGAGUAUUGGGAAUAUGAGUAAUUUAAAUGAGGCUAUUUUGAUGAAUAAUGGGUUGCGUUCUUGUUUGCCAACGGAGAUUGGGAUGCUGAAGAAUUUGACUGUGUUUGAUGUUAGUUUUAAUCAGUUGAUGGGUCCGUUGCCGGAGAGUUUUGGUGGACUGGUGAAUUUGGAGCAACUGAAUGUGGCACAUAAUAUGUUAUCUGGGAGAAUUCCAGAGAGUAUUUGUAAGCUUCCUAAGCUUGAGAAUUUUACGUAUUCCUAUAAUUUCUUUAGUGGUGAACCGAGUGUUUGUUUGGGAUUAUCGGAGUUUCAUGAUGAAAAGAAUUGUUUGGUGAAUAGGCCUUCACAAAGGAGUGCUGCUCAAUGCAAGGCCUUUUUGUCUAAAAGGAUACAUUGUAGUGCUUUUAAGUGUCGUAAGUUUGUUCCUGUUUUGCCU